UUUUUUAUGGUCGCGACGACAACAACUGAACAAGUGUUGAGUUGAUUGAACAAACUCUUUCCAGCUGUUCUGAAACUGAUAACUAUGAGUUUGCGAACUCUGAGUUAGUUAACUCUGAGUGCAGGUUUGAACUCUGAAUUUGUUAAACCUGCUUCUUGAAACGGGCAGGUGGAACGGCAUAGAGCAGUGCGCAUCAAAAUAGAAGCAUCCAACUCAAAUUUGAUAUACAAAUUGCGUUCAUUGCGAGCUGAGUAUAAAGUGGACCAGUGAAGAAGUUAUUCGACAGAUGUUUAUGCUAGGUAGGAAUUGAAAAAAAAAAAAAGAUAAAUGCAAAUGCUGCAGUGGGCCUCAUGUUAUUGUUCACCCCCAAACUGCUAGAGCCGCCAAUGGUCUGACACACACAUUUGAACACACACACACCCCUUUUGCUGUCCUCACGUGAGAGGAAUCCGUCCUAGAACCCCGUUUAACCUGCAGUACCUGCUCAGGUAUGUUGGCUGUUGUUUUAAACCCAAUUGCGGUCACGCCGCGCGCCCGGCGACAUCUGCCCUGGUUCUGAAAAACAGUUGUCACAUGUUCUGAACGCCCGGUUCCAGAGAGAGAGAGAGAGUCCCGCGCGCGCAGCAGCCCGCGUGGCGGCAGCGCCUGAACAACACAGCAGGACGGCAGAGCAGGAGGAGGUUCUGGGAAAUUAACGGAACCAGACCCGUUACACAACAUGGAGCAACAGAACACGCCAUGAGAGCGGCCGCAGAUUCCGACUGUUUCUGAGGUGCAUGUUAUCAUGGAGCCACAGAGCAACCACCAGACCACUAAGAACCAUGGUCACCUGUGCGAGCCACUCACGCCGGAGGAUCAGGUGGAACAUAAAAAUCCGACGAGCUGCGAGUUCCGCUGCACCAUGGCAAAUUUCCGCAUCGAGAGGAAGAUCGGUCGCGGUCAGUUCAGUGAAGUCUACAGAGCCGUGCGCCUGCUGGACAGACAGUCUGUUGCCCUGAAAAAAGUCCAGAUCUUUGAGAUGAUGGAUGCAAAGGCUCGCCAGGACUGCAUCAAAGAGAUCGAUCUUCUAAAGCAGUUGAAUCAUCCCAACAUUAUCAAGUACCUGGACUCCUUCAUUGAAGACAACGAGCUCAACAUGGUCUUGGAGCUGGCAGAUGCUGGAGAUCUGUCCCAGAUGAUAAAGUACUUCAAGAAGAAGAGGAGACUCAUCCCGGAGAGGACGAUCUGGAAAUACUUCGUGCAGCUGUGCAGUGCCCUGGAACACAUGCAUUCACGCAGAGUCAUGCAUCGAGACAUCAAGCCAGCCAACGUGUUCAUCACCGCCACAGGGGAGGUGAAGCUGGGCGACCUCGGGCUGGGACGCUUCUUCAGCUCCAAAACCACAGCAGCACAUUCUUUAGUGGGGACGCCGUACUACAUGUCCCCUGAAAGGAUCCAUGAGAACGGAUACAACUUUAAGUCUGAUAUCUGGUCGCUGGGAUGUCUUCUAUAUGAGAUGGCAGCACUCCAGAGCCCCUUCUAUGGAGACAAGAUGAACCUGCUGUCUCUCUGCCAGAAGAUUGAGCAGUGUGACUACCCUCCACUCCCACCUGACCAUUACUCUGACAAGCUGCGGGAGCUGGUCAGCAUGUGCAUCAACUCUGAACCUGACCAGAGGCCAGACAUCAUCUUUGUGCUGCAGAUUGCUAACCAAAUGCACCUGAAAACCUCCAGCAGUUAGUUAUCCAGAAGGUCCUGGACCUGGACUGUGGAGACCUGUCUCAUCAGUCUGAGGACACUAUUGUUACAGAGAUUCUUGGGUCCUGGGUUGGUUUAAACCCUGGUGUGAGGAACCAUUUUUCUAACUCUUUGAAUGAAAAUAGUUAUAUUCAACUUGUAAAAACUGUACUCUAAUGUCUGCUAUAAAUAUUGUCUUAAAAUGUUUAUAAACAGCAUGGUGCUUAUUAAGUCUUUAUUUCAGAAUAAAUCCCUUAAACCUUUACUGGAUUAAAGUAAACUGUUGUUAAAUUCACUAUAUUUGGACAAAGCUGCCUUUUAAUUUAAAAUAAAAUGUUCUGCUACA